GCUGUCAGCGCUGCGGCCGGAAUGGAGGUGAAAUGACACGGCGCAGACCGGCGCUGCGCAGCGUGGGUGCGCAGAAACCCUCCUGGCGUCGUCCGAUCAGGGAGGAGGAGGAGAGAAGGACCCUCGGAGUCUGACCAAUAAGGCGCACAUUGCAGCUUCGCCCCUCUGCACAUGUCAGAUGUCGUCAUCGGGAAAACACCAUCGUGCUGCCUCGGAUCCUGAGCAUCCCUGAGGAGAGGGGAAAAUGGAUGAGCUCAGGCUGGGAGUCCGGACCGAUGCGGCAACAUCAGCAUUCAAGCAACUUGAUGGAGAAAAAUAAAGGAAUCCCUUUAAGAUGACACGUACAGACCCGCCUGACAUACUGGUAUCAACUGUGCAUCAAGAUAUAAAAGUGAUUCCCAUUUCUUCCCUCUACAAGUCCUUGCACCUGUCCAAACGAUGUAAUUCAAUAAAUUACAACACACUGGAGGACAGUAAGAGCAUAUUCAGUAAGAGGCACUGCCGAACCUUUGACAUGAAGUCUCCAUACAGAAGGGCUGACAGGCAGGCUUCCAAUCCAGAUGUUGCCUGGAAUGCCUUGGGCCGUCAGCAGAAAUAUCGCUUUUCUGCCCCUGACAUUUUCAGUCAUAGAUCAACUCCUCAAUCAGUGGAAGCAGAUAUGACAAGUGAAGUAGUUGUCCCUGAGCACAAAAGAAGGACCAGGUCAAAAAGUGCCUCUCGAGUCCAGACCAGCCUCACUCCUGUGUCUUUUGAAGGACCAUCGUCUUCAGGAAGGAAAGGACGAGAGUCCCAAAGGGCUCCAAGAGACUCUCGCUGGAGACCUGAAGUAUCACCGCGUAGGGAGCCAUCCUAUGCAGCAUCAAGGGCUCAUUUGCAUGAAGUACAUCCAAUUAAGUUGCAGCCUCAAAUUGAUGACAGCAGCAGAUAUUCCCCACACUAUGCUUCAGAUAAAUUUGAGGAUGGAAGUCUGGAUAAACCAGCGACUAGCCCUCACGUUAGGUGUCGAGUAGACAUUAAGCCUGAUGCAUCACACCAUUCAGGACAGAAACAGACUACAACACCAGUGGACAUACCCUGGCAGAGACAACACAGUGGGGGGAGGAGUCUGACUGUGCCACGUCAUUUCUCCUAUUCUAGGACCCCAACCCCCACUGAUUCAAUGGGUGCAGAAAGUAGGCAAGCUUAUCAAUAUUCUCGCAGCGUGCCAAAUAGUCACUUGCAACACAUGGAGCAUCCCUUACAAAGAAUGACUUCUUCGGGUGACUAUUAUGGUAGGGAACCCCGAGCUCACUCCAGUCCUAAUGUGCCAACCAAGUUCUUUUAUGCAGAUGAUGCAGGAAGGUAUGUUACGACAGCUCCUCCACAGCCAAGUUCUUAUUUUCAUGAUGAACGUUACACUCCAGGACAACCAUAUACUCCAAAAGUGCAAUAUGUGCAAGAUCCAAGGACUCGAAUGGUGCAUGCUGUAGCUACAAGACCUUAUUACCCUGAAAUGGAGCCCUAUGGGUACUCUGUGCAGACAGGGUACCCCAGACAAUAUGCAGCAAAUGAACCGGGUCCAUAUAUUAUUAGGACACCCCCGGCAAGAAUAGUUUAUGGUGAUGAUCCAAGAGCUUAUCAAAUUCAGACUGCACCACCAAGGUUUUAUUAUUCCAGUGACAUGUAUGCAGUGCCACCAGAACACCACGUCCCAGCAAGAGCAUAUUACACUGAGGGCCGAAGACACGCUAGAGUUGUUCAGCCACAAACGGAUGACUGGUAUGGCUCUGAUGCAUCUGGUUAUUCCACCAAUCCAGCCUCUUACGUUUCUCAAGUGACUCCAACUAGAGUCCGGCAAGAGCCUGUGCUCACGCCGUGGUAUACCAGCCCAUGUGUUGAACCUCAAAGAAUAGGCACAGAUUCCAAAUCUUAUUCAAGGUCUUGGGACAAUAUUCUCAACUCACGGGUAGAAAGAGAACAACCUCUCCCUGUGCAGAGAGGUCAAAGCUAUGAUGAUCUUCUUGACUCUAGGAAGCCUUCCUCAACCAAGGGUGAUAAACCGCAACCAGUGGUCGUCAAUCUUUCUAGUUCACCAAGACGCUACGCAGCUUUAUCAGUAUCCGAUAAUUCACUCAUUGACAAAAGCCCAACAGAAACAUCAAAAAGUACUACCAGUAAGCUCUGGUUUGUCACUCCUGAGAUAACAAUCACUGAUAAUGACAUUAGGACAGGGAAUCUUAGCAAGGUUGAAGGACGGUCAGCAAGUUGGGAUAUUCUUGAUUCCAGAAGUACAGAGGGUCCAGAAAUGCAGCAUGAUUUUGAAAGCUCAACCAAAGAAAAGACACAUGACAAUGCCUCGCUUCAGCAAAGUCUUGAGCAGCUUGAUGAGCUCUUAGCAGACCUUGUGACUGACUACAAGCCCCCCAGCAGAAGGGCAAGUGAGGACAUUCUGGACCAACUAAAGAAGUUAAUUGAUGAAGAAGAAGCCAUGUCUCUGUCCAGAAAAAGCUCAAAGACAGGUGCAGAGGAACCACCUCCCUUGGACAAGCAGCCAACUUCAAUCAAAAUGAAUCCAGAUGCUUUUCGAGAAAUGGAUGGAGCAAGUGAUGCAAUGAAAACUGCAGAAGAGUGUUCUCCAGAUCAGAGCCCAGAUGAGGAUGAUACAAUGAUGUGCUCUAACAACAAAUGCAGAAGAACAGAGACCUUAUUCAAUGCUUGUCUAUAUUUUAAAUCCUGCCACAGCUGUUACACCUACUACUGUUCUCGGAACUGUCGCAGAGAGGAUUGGGACAUUCAUAAAGAAAGCUGCUUGUAUGGAAGAAUAGGAAGCACAUGCCGCCACAUCAUAAAACACUGCCGGGAGACUGUUGAAGUCCACAAAGCCUUUUCCCGUAUUGCCAAGGUUGGCUACCUUUCUCGAGGUAGGGGGGUUCUCUUCCUUGGUUUUCCAAACCCUGCAUCCUCCAGUAACUUUCUGCAGUAUGGCCUGGAUAGUUUACCCAUGUCUCCUACAUAUCUGUCCCUCAGAGAGCUUGAAAGCUUCAAGGACAAUCUGGGUGAAUACUGUAAGGAGCUGCAAGAAGCUGGUAAAGAAUAUGACCCAAAUGAAUGUUUCAUCUUGAAUGUAUCCAUUGCUGUGGGUGAGCAGCUGCCCGAUGGGCCAUCCCCAAGAAAUCAAGCUCCAACAGUUAGAAAAUAUGCAAAGGUCGCAUUGGCUUCCUUUAGCCCAGAAACAAAGGUUCACAAAAAAGAGAGUGACAUGGAAACACUAAUUCUUACUCCACCCCCCGGAACAGCUGAUAUCGACAAGGAGGGAGAGGAAGGUCGGAAGGCUAGAGAAAUCUGCUUCAUCAAUAUACAACGAGAGUUAAGAAUGCGAGGAGUAUUUUUACGCCACGAAUACCCACAGGUGUAUCAGCAGCUCUGUGACUUUGUGGAAAAGAACAGAAGAUUCACGCCUACAACUAUAUAUCCAAUUAAUAAGCAGACUGGUAAACAGUUUAUGUGCAUGAUUAUGGCUGCCUCAGAGCCCAGGACGUUGGACUGGGUUGGCACUCCACACCUCCUCGAUGACAUUAUUUAGGUGCACUUUUUGUUAUGAAUAUAUAUGUAUGUGUAUAGAAAUACAUAUAUAUUGAUGCACAUAUUUAUAAAUUGAUCCAGUUACAGACAUUUGUAGAUAAGUAUUUUUUAACAAAAUGAUAUACAUUCAUGUCCGCUUGGUCAGUAUUAUUCUUUAUCAAACUAUUUCUUAUCGUGCAGAAUAAGUACAACAUAUAAGGAAUUUAUUUUAGUCUGAAAGCAAAUACUUUAAUUUUACCACAAGUCUUUUGUGGUUAAAUACUGUUACAAGACAUUCCCUUUGGUUGGGAUUACCUAAACUCGUACUGGUGUUUUGAUUAUCUCAGAUUAGUAAAACCGAAUAUUCUUUUAAUCUUAACAUUUUACAUGAUACAUCUGUGAGUACAACAUGAAUAUUUUCAUAUGUGAAUUCAAUGGUUUAUCAUGCAGGUAAUACGAAACAUUAUUUUCUUAGCUACGCAAAUACUUUCUAUGCAAAGUUGUUUUAUGAGUUAAGUACCACAUUCCUGCAGAUGGAGUAGCUUCUAUAAUAUAUAAUGUAAUACUUAAAUAUAUAUUAUCAUGUGAUAGAUCUAUAAAGAGAAUUGUCAAAACAGCGAGGAAACAGAACUUUUGGUGGCCGUGUAAGCUGUCAUUAUAGGACAGCAGUGAUGGCUGAGAAGAGACAAUUGUGCAACUUGAAACAUCUAAAUAAAUAGGCACAAUUUUUAUGUACCUUUACUGAGAAUAAUCCCCUGUCUAAUAGCAUACUUCUGGGGUAAACAAAGGUUAUUUCAGUACAUUUAGCUUUUCUGCACAGCAGAAUUACUGUAGUACUGACCUUAAAAAUUUCCAAGAUGGAAAUGAAAAUGGUGCCAGAUACAAGCCCCACUUUUGGUGUUGGCCUGUACUGUUCAGUUUUAAACACUGUGAAUAGUAAAAUAUAUGUAGUACAAAAAAUAAAACUUGGUGAAAAAAAAACAACAAAUAAUGCAACUUCAUUGAAGAUGGAAGUUUAUGAGUUGUCCUUUUAGGAAUAUUUACAAGUCAAGCUAUAGGAGUUAUUGUUUUUAGAACAAAGUGAGCCAUCUUUGGCACAAUAUCUAUGUUAGGCUACAAAAAUACUUAAAAAUAAAGUUAGAUGUGUAUUUGUGGUAAUCUAGGUUUAUUAUAUGUAUGAUGUCUUCUUUUUUUCUUUUUUUCUUUUUUGGAUUUUAGCAAAUCAAAGUUCUUUUGCUUAUUGGAAACAAAAAAAUUUGAACAUUUAUGAAUGCAUUUUAGCCAUUUUGCCUCAUCCUGUUUUUUAAGGUAUUAUAUCUUUUGACUUUGUAUUUGUAGCAUCCUAAAUCUCAAUUUCCCUGACAGUAAAGUGAUUACAUUUUAAAAUUUCCAGUUGAGUUUUAAAAAGGGUUUAGCUAGAAUAUACUGAAUGUUUGGAAUGCUAAAGUCACGUCUAUAUUUAUAAAUUGUCCUGACACCUGCCUGACUAUAUCUGGAAGAUGUAAAUUUGUUAAUCAGACUGAUCAAUUUGUUGUCUUUUAGUACUAUCUUCUUGUCAUAUAAACUUUUUCCAAAGUUAUAAAGACAAAGUCCGAUGAAACGAAGCUUUUAAUGAAAAAAUAAAUAAAUAAAAUACAACAGUUUCACACUUGUGAUUGGCUGAGAGGACGUGUUGUACAGAUGCCCUGAUAAGUUGGCUGGCUGCAUGUGUUUCUGUUUUCUCUCAUUUUAACAUGACAUUGAUAGUAACUUGCUUGAUGAAUGGGCUUGUGAAAGUGAACAUUAUGCUGUGUAAGAUAAAAAAAGUACAUUUUUCAUUUUUGUUACUUAUGUUUAAAUAAUAUGUCAAAAGCAACGCAUAAGAGACCUCACUAAAAUGUUUAGAAAAUUCUGUAAUCUUGUAUUUUUUAUACUUUCAACAUAUGUGUGUGUGUAUUUAUAAACCAUGUCCAAUAAAUGGAAUGGAAAAUA